AUGCGACGAUCGACGGUCAUGCUCCUGCUGGCGCGGACCGCGCGGGCGCUGCGGGCGCCGCUGGCGCGGCGCGCGGGCGCGCCGGCGCGGGGCGCGGCGACGGCGGAGCCCGACGUCACGGCGGCGUACGACGAGCUCCGCGCGACGCGCGUCGCCAAGGCGGACGCGAUGCGCGCGGCGGGCGUCGAGCCGUUCGCGUACGCGUUCUCGGCGACGCACUCGGCGGCCGAGGCGCAGGCGCAGUGGGCCGCGCUGGAGAACGGCAAGGAGGCCGAGGGCGAGCGGCUGGCCGUGCGGGGCCGCGUCGUCGCGAAGCGCGUCUUCGGCAAGAAGCUGGCCUUCCUCGGCCUCCGCGACGCGACGGGCGAGAUCCAGCUCUUCCUCGAGAAGAAGCGCCUCAACGCGAACGAGGACGCGGCCAAGACGUUCAAGAACCUCGUGGACUGGGUCGACGCCGGCGACAUCGUCGGCGCGCGCGGCACGGCCAAGCGCACGGAGAAGGGCGAGCUCUCGGUGUACGUCGACGACUGGGAGAUGCUCACCAAGGCGCUGGCGCCGCUGCCGGACAAGUUCCGCGGCCUGACGGACGUGCAGACGCGCUACCGCAAGCGCGAGCUCGACCUCAUCGCGAACCCCGACGUGCGCCGCACGUUCGAGCUGCGCGCCCGCGCGACGUCGCGGAUCCGGCGCUUCCUCGACGACCGCGGCUUCCUCGAGCUCGAGACGCCGACGCUCCACUCGCAGCCCGGCGGCGCCGAGGCCAAGCCCUUCGAGACGAAGCACGCGGCGCUGGGCCUCGACCUCACGCUGCGCAUCGCGACGGAGCUCCACCUGAAGCGGCUCGUCGUCGGCGGCUUCGACCGCGUCUACGAGCUCGGGCGCAUCUUCCGCAACGAGGGCGUGUCGACGCGGCACAACCCCGAGUUCACGUCCGUCGAGGUCUACGAGGCCUACGCGGACUACGAGAGCAUGAUGGAGCUCACCGAGAGCCUCGUCGAGGGCCUCGCGACGGAGCUCGUCGGGUCGACGACGCUGCCCUACGGCGACGAGACCAUCGACGUCGCGCGGCCCUGGCGCCGCGCGACGAUGCGCGACCUCGUCGACGAGGCCACGGGCGCCGACUUCCGCGCGCUCCAGGCGGCGGGCGACGUCGCGGGCGCGCGCGCGGCGCUCGCCGCCAAGGGCGUGCCCGAGGCGCUCUGCGCCAAGGGCCGGUCCGUCGGCGAGCUGCUCAACGUCGGCUUCGAGGAGCUCUGCGAGGGCGCGCUGCGGCAGCCGACGUUCGUCAUCGACUACCCCGUCGAGGUCUCGCCGCUCGCGAAGCCGCACCGGUCCGAGCCGGGCCUCGUCGAGCGCUUCGAGCUCUUCGUCGUGGGCCGCGAGCUCGCGAACGCCUUCUCGGAGCUCACGGACCCCGUGGACCAGCGCGCGCGCUUCGAGGCCCAGGCCGCGAAGAAGGCCGCCGGCGACGAGGAGGCGUGCGGCGUCGACGAGGACUUCCUCGGCGCGCUCGAGCACGGCCUGCCGCCGACCGCCGGCCUGGGCAUCGGCGUCGACCGCCUCGUCAUGCUCCUCGCGAACGCGCCGUCGAUCCGCGACGUCAUCGCCUUCCCGCUCCUCAAGCCGGACGCGUGAGACCUAAGUGAACUACUAAUGCUGGUGGGACAACAUUACUUAGGGGGUCGGAGG